CCUAAUUCAACGGUGAUUCCUUUGACGUCCGCACACGUGGGCGGGGCUCAUAAGUUAUUGAAGAGCUCCUAAGUGACCACCCGUUGUCCUCGUUUUCCAUUUUGCUGUAUGUGCAGUUGCAUCCGGAGAAUGUGCGAAGAGCUGACCAUCCCGUCCGCCUAAGCAUGAACCGCUACAUCACGUUGACCCAGCUGGGCGAUGGAACCUAUGGCACCGUGGUCCUGGGCCAACGCAAGGACACCGGCGAGAAGGUGGCCAUUAAGCGCAUGAAACGCAAGUACUACUCUUGGGAGGAGGCCAUGAAUCUGCGCGAGGUUAAGUCCCUUAAGAAACUGUCGCACCCGAACAUCGUGAAGCUGAAGGAGGUGAUCCGGGAGAACGAUACCCUAUACUUUGUGUUUGAGUAUAUGAAGGAGAACCUCUACCAGAUGAUCAAGGAUCGGGACACGCACCUGCCCGAGCCGGAGCUGAAGAGCAUUCUUUUCCAGGUUCUGACCGGUCUAGCCUUCAUGCAUCGCCAUGGCUUCUUCCACCGCGACCUCAAGCCGGAGAACCUGCUUUGCUCCGGUCCGGAACUCAUCAAGAUAGCCGAUUUUGGUUUGGCCAGAGAGAUACGAUCACGACCACCGUUCACGGAUUACGUCUCGACGCGUUGGUACAGAGCGCCGGAGGUGCUCCUGCACUCGACCAACUAUGGCAGCACCAUUGAUCUCUGGGCCAUGGGCUGCAUCAUGGCCGAGCUCUAUACCUUCCGACCGCUCUUCCCGGGCAGUAGCGAGGUGGAUCAGCUCUUCAAGAUUUGCUCAGUGCUGGGCACGCCAGAGAAGAACGAUUGGCCCGACGGAUAUCGCCUGGCUGCCAUGAUUCACUUCCGGUACCCGGACUGCAUCAAAGUGCCACUGAGCAGCGUCGUCAGUCGCUGCAGCCAAAACGGACUCGAUCUGCUGGAGGAUCUUCUGGCCUACGAUCCCGACAAGCGGCCGACAGCCCAGCAGAGUCUUAAAUACCCAUAUUUCCAUGCCCUCAAGCGGAUCUCGCCCACCGCCGCCACCAAGGCAAAUGUGCGGCUUAACUCCAAGUACGCACCAAUGUCCAAUGGCCAUCAGCAGGUGCAGGCCGUUUCGAACAACGUGCUUCCGGUGCAGGAGAAGCUGCAGGCGGUCACCGAGAUGCUCCAUCAGAGCAACAACAACAACAACAACAAUAAUAACAACAGCAAUAGCAACUCCAAUCUCGGCAAAAACAGUAAUCUAAGCAAUGGCAAGGUGACUGCGAAGAAUGGAGGAAUGCCGAGGAAGUACCAACCGAAGCUGAGCUUCCUGACCAGCCACGAAAUGGGUGCAGGGUCCUUGGCGGACUCCUCCAGCCUCGGUGGCGCCACAGCAGAUGGUAUCCAGGUGCAGCAGCAGCACCACCAAAACGGAGGCGAGUCGAUAAACGACAUAUACUUAAACCGCAACAUCUCACAGCUCUUCGGUCUACCGGCGGGUACUCAGCAUCAUCAGCAGAUGCACCAUCCGAACGUCUCCUUCAGCACGACGUCGUCCAGGAAUGCUGGAGCCAUCUACGUAAAUGGUAGCCACCUCAGCUACGACACGGCCAACAUGAAUGCCAAGAAUAAUGCCAAGAUCGUGGUGGGAGCCACAAACGGAGGUUACUAUGUGCCAGUGGUCAGGCCAUCGCUCUUGGCUCCCGAGGCCAAGGUCUACAACGUGUUCUCCAAGGUCAGUGCCAGCCAGGCCCCGCCGAGUAUCAUUGUCCGUCAGCCGCAGCUGCAGCAGGAGGCAGGAGCACCGCCCAUGCGACUCUCAGGUAGAUCCCGAGCACCGAUCCAGGACUCCAACGUGGGACCCUUAAAGUCCGACGAUCUGGAUUUGAUACUUGGCUCCAAGCUGAAGAACUCCGCCAAGCGGCAGCGGAACGCCAAGGCCAACAUUCUCCUGGAGGAUCUCUUUGGGCAGCUGUCCAUGGACUCAGACAGCGAUGGCAAGUACCCGCACACGGUGCCGCCCACGCAGCAGGCAAAGAAUGGCCAGACAUCGACGGGGGGUCCCCGGGAGCGGGAUCUGUUCGGAGAGAGCUUCCUGCCCAGGCCAGGACUCCGGAAGAAGGCCACUCAGAGCAGUCUGGAGGUGAACAACGGUAGCCACGCGGACUCGCUAGCUCAAAAUACACAAAAGGAAAAGGCCGCAGCGGCAGCCAGCUUCCCCUGGGAUGAGACCAACAAGACGGAGGACGAGAAGCUGACGGCUUGGAUGGUGGCAGAGAACGGAUCCCUGCUGGAGAAUAAGUUCUGAGAAGAUGAUCGACCUGCGAAAUGCCGUUGUACCUGAAACAGAAUGAAGAGAAUUCACGUGCCUGUUGUCCUGCGUAUUUCCGAACUGAAUCCGUAUCUGAAUCCAAAUCACGAAG